AACGUCAUUGCGCCCCAGUAUUAAAAUGGCUACUAGUGGGCUGCUUAUUAUGAGCUGUCAUGAACUUGUAAAGGUAUAAAGGUGGAAUGCCUUGUGUCUUGGACAAGAGAUUUAUCUUCUGAGUUCUAUAUAUAGCAUUAACAGCCUUUUACACUUGAACAAUCCCAGUGCUGUGAUCAUCCUGAUGGUGUCUACGGAAGCUUUCGUUGAGCCGAGAUCUUCACCGUCCGGAGAUGGUUCUAAGCCAAGCAUCAACAACAACAAUACCACCAGACUGGGAAGAAAAGUAUCAAAGAUGAAUGGCAUCGAUAUCCCAACAAACAGCGAGAUUCAGAGCAAGUGCUCCGGUGGUGAUUUCAAUGAGAAGGAUACUGCGGUCUAUAAGGAGAAAUCUGUCCCGAUCAAGGUUCCUGAGAGCUUGAAGCAGGUUAGAGAACCAGUAGAUCAGACCAAAGGAUCUGAGCAGAAGGAAAGAGGUACCGGAACAAUUGGAGGAAUCCACUGGGCGCCGCUGAAUAUUGGAGUCGAAAGACGUCUGCAGACAUUUGUUGUGUUAUGUCAUACCCUGACAAUCAUAAUUUUCCUGACGGUCUUCUUCUUCGCAUGUGCGAUACCUUUAUUCUGGCCGCUCCUUAUCCCAUAUCUUGUUCAUAUAUCUAUCUUUUCUAGUGCUGCAACAUCCGGAACCCUUGCAGGCCGCAGACCCUUCUUACGAUCUCUACCGAUCUGGUCCUUAUAUGCAUCUUACUUCCCGGCUCGCCUACAUCGUUCCGAGGUUCUACCUCCGACACGAAAGUAUAUAUUCGGCUACCAUCCACACGGCAUUAUUUCUCACGGCGCAUUUGCGGCGUUUGCAACGGAGGCGCUCGGGUUUUCAAAGCUCUUUCCAGGGAUAACAAAUACACUUCUUACCCUGGAUUCAAAUUUUCGGAUUCCAUUCUACCGGGAAUAUGCUCUCGCCAUGGGUCUCGCAAGUGUUUCUCGCGAGUCCUGCGAAAAUAUACUAAACAAAGGUGGAACCAACAGCGAGGGAAUGGGUCGUGCUAUCACGAUUGUUGUUGGUGGUGCGCGGGAAUCUCUCAAUGCUCAGCCUCACUCGAUGCGUCUUAUUCUGAAACGACGGAAGGGAUUCAUCAAGCUCGCCAUCUGUACAGGCGCUGACCUCGUACCAGUCCUCGCCUUUGGGGAGAAUGAUUUGUACGAGCAAGUGAGCUCCGACCAACAUCCUUUGAUCCACAAACUUCAGAUGCUGGUCAAGCAGAUGAUGGGAUUUACCGUCCCUCUCUUCCAUGCUCGGGGAGUGUUCAACUAUGACGUGGGACUGAUGCCAUAUCGCCGACCAUUGAAUAUUGUCGUGGGCCGGCCCAUUCACGUAAGACAGCAGCGGAAUAGAUCGGAUAUCGACGACAACUACAUUGAUGAACUUCACUCUAAAUACAUGCAAGAGCUUGAGAGAUUAUGGGAGCAGUGGAAGGAUGUUUACGCAAAGGACAGGACCCAUGAACUUGAAAUUAUUAGUUGAUGCAUGUUUUUUUACGUCUUGAAAUAUUCUUAUCUUAUUGUAGAACCACUCUCCUUUCGUUCACUUGGACGUGGCGGGAACACUGAAUAUCCUGUAAGAAGAGAAUCUCCUCAC